AUGAGCACGCAUAAGCCACCUGUCGUUGAAGUUCCCUCCGACGGGGAGAGGGCAUCAGCAGGCAUACACGACAUCGACACGAAGACUCCCUCCUUCGAAGUUGACUCGCCCAAGGAAGAGGUCAGCGACUUGGCCGAACCCCAGGAUACUUCCCAAAACGUCGGUUUUUGGGAAGCGCUCACACGUCGGAACACACCACGAGAUCUCGACGCCAUCGCCACAGAGCGAAGCGUCUUUGAUGAUCCAAGCUUGGCGCCCUUUUACCAACCCCCAGCAGGGUACGAGAAUGUCCACCGCUUCGACCCGCAGGAGCGAUGGACAUAUCGCGAGGAACGCACUGUCCGGCGAAAGACGGAUUUCAGGAUCUUUGCCUGGAUUCUGGUCAUGUUCUUUGGUCUCAACAUCGACAGAGGCAACCUUGGCAACGCCGCAGCGGAUAAUCUUCUCAAGGACCUUCAUAUCAAUACGAAUGAUUAUAACAACGCUCAGAACAUGUACCGCAUCGGGUUUCUGAUUGCUGAAAUCCCUUCCCAGAUGAUUGGCAAGCGUCUCGGACCCGAUCGAUGGAUCCCCGUCCAGAUCAUCCUCUGGAGUCUGGCAUCCGGCGGACAGUUCUUUAUGCACAAUCGGGCUGGUUUCUUUGCCUGCCGCUUCUUCAUCGGUCUCUUCAUGGGCGGGUUCAUCCCAGACUCCAUUCUUUACCUAUCGUACUUUUACAAGAAGACCGAAAUGCCGAUCCGCUUGGCCCUGUUCUGGUUCGUCGACUCCAUGUCCGGCGUCAUCGCGUCCUUCAUGGCCUACGGGAUCCUGCAUCUGCGCGGCGUUGCAGGAAAGGAAGGAUGGCGGUGGCUCUUCCUGAUCGAGGCCCUUGUCAGUUUCGUCAUCGGCGCCGCCAGCUUUCUCUUCCUCGUCCCGGGCCCAACGCAGACAAAGACGUGGUGGAAUCCCAAGGGCUACUUCAACGAGAGAGAGGAGAAGAUCAUCGUCAACCGGGUCCUCCGCGACGACCCUUCCAAGAGCGACAUGCACAACCGAGAGUCGCUGUCUUUGGGCAUGCUCUGGAAGAGUCUCAAGGACUACGACCUGUGGCCGGUCUACCUGAUUGGCAUCCUCUUCGAGAUCCCCACCGCACCGCCAAAGACGUACCUCACACUGUCCCUCAAGGCGCUCGGCUUCAGCACCUUCAACGUCACACUGCUCGCCAUCCCCGUCACCGUCUUUGCGGCAAUCAACAUGCUGUGGGUCACGUUCCUCACGGAGAGGUUCCAUCAGAUCGCCAUCAUCGGCCUGCUCUCGCAGGUCUGGGUGCUCCCGCUGCUCAUCAUCGAGUACACCUCCAUCGAGAGCCUGUCGCCGUGGGCGCAGUACGCCGUGACGUUUAUGAUUCUCGGCCAGCCAUCCACGCAUGCCGCGCACGUCGGCUGGUGCUCUCGGCUAUCAAACGCGGUGAGAACGAGAGCCAUUAGCGCUGCCUUGUACAACAUCACCAUUCAGCUGUCUGGAAUAGCCUCGUCCAAUAUCUAUCGAGAGGAUGACAAGCCUUAUUACCACCGAGGAAACAAGAACUUGAUUGCAAUCACUGUGGCUACGAUCUUUGCGUAUGCUUUUGCCAAGACCUACUAUACCCUUCGCAACAAGUCCAAGCGGGCGAGAUGGAACAGCAUGUCGGAUCAGGAGAAGACGGCGUACUUGGCUAACACGAGUGACGAAGGCAAUAAGCGUUUGGAUUUCUUCUUCGAUAGCUAG